GGAGGCGAUCGUUUCACUUCAGCAUAGGACGACGUCGGCACUUUGGCAGUAUGAGCGAUAAGGAUAGACUUAUAUCGCGCGAGGAAGGCGAGGAGCGAUUGCCCAAAUAUCGCACAACAAAGGAUAUAACUGAUAAGCCAUCCUGGUAUUUCGGCAAUGGCUUCGUACUCUUCUGGAUGCUACUCUUCUUCGCAGUCGUUAUUCCCUUAAUGAACCGCCUCCCAACCGCGCUGAAUAUCGAGGAGACGAGCAGCGGAGAAUUCAUUGGAGAACGUGCCUACAACACCCUGAAUAACCUAGUCAACAUUGGCAGCAAAGUGGUCGGCAGCACUACGAAUGAGGUGUCCACAGUAGACUUCCUGCUCACCGAAAUAGAAGAUAUUAAGCAGGAUAUGCUAAGCGACUACUACGACCUCGAGGUGGAUGUGCAACAAACAUCGGGUUCAUUCAGAUACUCGCACCUGCUAAACAUGUAUCAAGGCGUGCAAAAUGUUAUUGUGAAAUUGUCAUCGAAGAAUUCGUCGAGCGAGUCUUAUCUUUUGGUUAACAGCCACUUUGAUACCGUACUGACUUCCCCGGGUGCAGGUGAUGAUGGAUUUAUGGUUGCCGUUAUGCUGGAGGUGCUACGUGUCAUGGCUACGACCAAUAAGCAGCACUUCGAGCAUCCCGUCGUCUUUCUUUUCAACGGCGCAGAAGAGGCUGCCUUGCAAGCAUCCCAUGGAUUUAUCACUCAACACAAGUGGGCCCCCAAUUGCAAAGCACUCAUCAAUCUGGAUGCAGCUGGUAGCGGAGGACGCGAGUUCCUUUUCCAAUCAGGACCCUAUCAUCCCUGGUUAGUCAAUUACUACAAAAAAAGUGCCAAGCAUCCGGGUGCCACAACCUUGGGCGAGGAAGUUUUCCAAGCUGGCCUUAUUCCCUCCGACACCGACUUUGCCGCCUUUGUUGAGUUUGGCAAAAUUCCAGGUCUCGAUAUUGCCCAAGGCAUGAAUGGAUUUGUUUAUCACACCAAGUACGAUCGCGUCGAUGUUAUUCCCCGCGGAUCUAUUCAGAAUACUGGCGAUAAUAUUCUCGGUCUCGUUAGAGCGCUGGCAAAUGCACCCGAAAUGUACAACACCGAGGCUUAUGCGACGGGACACGCGGUGUUCUUCGACUUCUUGGGUCUCUUCUUCAUCAGCUACUCGGCAGAAACAGGCACCAUUGUGAACUAUUGCGCUGCUGGAGUUACGCUCCUUCUGAUCUUCAUCUCUGUGUGGCGCAUGUCCACAUUGUCUGAGCUCUCCUCUUGCAGCGUCUUUCAGCGUCUCAUCUUCCUGGUUAUUAUCCAGAUCGUAGGUUUAGUCCUGGCACUAGCAUUGCCUCUGCAGGUGGCAUAUUACUUUGACAGUAUUGGAAAGUCCUUGACCUACUUCAGCUCCUCUUGGCUGCUCAUUGGAUUAUAUAUUUGCCCGUCGCUCAUUGGUUUGAGUCUGCCAAUCACCAUUUACUAUCUAUUGCAGCAGAAUAUUAAAUUACCUUUCAAUUACCACCUUCAACUGGGACUGCAUAGCUGGGCAAUUGUGCUCUCUGUUCUCGAUAUUGUACUCACUAUGUGGGGAAUACGUUCCGCAUAUAUUUUCACAAUUCCGAUUGUAUUCUACGCCGGUGCCAUGAUCGCGAAUAUGGUGACAACGUUCCAUGAUCGCGGCUACAGCUGGGCAGGUCUUGUAAUGGCAGGUCAGGCUAUGCCAUUCCUCUACAGCAGCUCACUUUUUUAUCUGGUGAUUUCUGUGAUGAUCCCAAUGAAUGGACGAUCUGGUAGCUCAUCUAAUCCAGAUCUUUUUAUUGCCGCUUUGGGUGGCGUAGGUACAAUUUUAUCCCUUGGCUUUCUGAUACCACUGAUCAAUAUGUUCCGCAAACCCAUAACUGUAAUCUUGACUUUGUUGCUGGCCUCUGCGGUUACAAUAUACCUUGCAAGCUCCACUGAAAUAGGAUUUCCCUACCGUGUCAGGACCAACAGUUUCCGAGCUACAUAUCAGCAUGUGCGAAAAAUCUACUAUGAAUACGGCGGCAGAGUCAGCUUCGAUGAGUCGGGAUAUCUGUUCAGCUUCCAGGAUCGACGAGAGGCAGAACCCAUGAAUGGAGUGCGUCUAACCGGUGCGAGAUUUUUAAGAGAGGACUGCGAGAAGCACAUGAUGUGUGGCAUGCCCUUGUUCGAUGAGCGAUGGGUUGCGAAUCGUCUAGAAGGCAUCUGGGUGCAUAGGGCUGACCAUGUAGUGCCUCCAGUGACCACCAAUCUAACGUUGCUUAGCAAAACAGUGCUGGAAAACAAUACAACAGUACGCUAUGAAUUCGAGCUAGAGGGUCCCGAUCAUAUGAGUCUGUUCAUUCAACCCGAGGUAGAUGACUUCGUUACUUUGAGCAACUGGUCAUUCCCGUUGAGUUACCUCCAGAAUCCGCCGGAAUAUCCACUGCCGUAUCAUAUAUAUUACACCUAUGGCAUAAUAACUACACCGCUCAAAUUUUUCCUGGAGUUUUCGAAAGCGAAUGGGAACUUUGAAGUGCCAAUAUUCCAAUUGGGGGUGUCGGGUCAUUGCAUUGGCGGCUCUGGAGAUGCGUUGAGUCAAAAGUUCGCCAAUUCCUUCCCAUCGUACACAUCGGUUGUGGAGUGGCCCUCAACAUAUCUUAGAUACAUUUAUUAGAUUUGUACGAAUCACUUGUGCAAUUGAGCAGCAAAUUAAACAUAAUGGGUGCUGCUGGCGAAUA